AUGAGUACAACCACAGCAACACCAACAACAACAACACCAACACCAACAACAACAACACCAACAGAUUCACUCUCAAAUUAUAAAGAGGAUGAACUUCAAAAUCUAUCAGUUCAAAAAUUAAAAGAAUUAAUUACCAGUGGGGGUGGUAGUUAUGCAAGUUGCUUUGAAAAAAGUGAUUUUGUAGAAAGAGCUAAAACUAUACGUUCUUCAAUGCAAGCAUUAGCAAAACCAUCCCAUGAAACUGUAUAUAAAGAAAGAAUUGACUUUUAUGAAUUAUUGGGUGUACCAUCCACAGCAACAAAGAAUGAAAUUACAAAAGCAUAUUAUAAAUUAGCAAAAGAAUAUCAUCCAGAUAAAAACAAAAAUGAUUUAUAUGCAGAGGAAAUGUUUAAAAAAGUUAGUGAAGCAUAUUCAGUUUUAUCUGAUGAAGAUAAGAGAAAGAAAUAUGAUGAAUAUGGUUUAGAUUCAGUUAAUGAAAUGGAUAUUGAUCCAAUUGAUUUGUUUAGAAUGAUAUUUGGUGGUGGAUUAUUUCAAAAUUAUUUUGGAGAUUUAUCAUUUUAUGAAGUAUUUACAAAACAAGCAAAUGGUGAAACACCAACUCCAGAGGAUCAAAUAAAGGAACAAGAGGAAGCAGUAAAAAAGAGAAACGAGAGAGUAGCGAGUCUAUCAAAGUAUUUAGAGAUAAAAGUGGAACCAUAUGUUCAAGGCAAUAAAGCUGACUUUGAAAAUAUGGUAGUCAACGAAGCUAAAGAGAUGGCUGCAGCACCAGGUGGUUUGGAUUUGUUGUCCCUAUUGGGUUAUAUUUACAUUCAAGAGGCAAAACAACAUUCACUCUUUGGUUUCUUUCAUGAGAUCUCUGAGAAAGGUCAUAAAGCAAAAGAGAUUGUUAGUGUGGUUAGUGCCGCUUUGAAAAUGCAAAAAUCACUUCAAGAGGAAGGUGUAUUGGAUGAGACUUCCGCCACUGGUAUACCAUCCUCCAAACAAGAGAGUAUGUUUAAAGAAGGCUUGAAAUUAAUUUGGAAAAUUGGUAGAUUGGAUAUCGAUAGUGUAGUUAGAGAAGUAUGUGAACGUGUUUUAGGUGCAAAAGGUGUAGAGAAAAGAAUUUUAAAACAAAGAGUUGAAGCUGUUAAACUUUUAGGUAAAAUCUUUGAAAAACAUGGAAAACCAGGUAGUGAUAUAAAUGAACUUUUUAAUCAAUUAAAUUCACCACCACAACCAAAACCAUAA